CUGCAGGGACAGGGGUGGACAUGAGCGUGUGACAGAGGCCUUGAGAUACAAAAGAAGUCUUAAGAGACAUGAAAGUGGAUGAGUCAGGUCCAGGGAGAGAACACAACCAUUGGAAAGUCCCAGACAAGAGAAAGGAGGCCAUAACAAGGAGACUGAGAAGGGCAACAGGGCCAGUUUGAGAGGGCAGCAGGGCCAAUGGAGAGCUGGGUAACAGGAAGGCCAGGGAGGAAGGAAGGCUUCACGGAGCAAUGGCCUCUUCCGGCUGUGAAGCAUGGCCCAGUGACCACAUACCAUCAGCCCAAGCACUAUGGAGUCCUUCAGUUCAAGGAAUCUGGCACUGCAAGCGGAGAAGAAACUACUGAGUAAGAUGGCAGGCCGGUCUGUGGUGCAUCUCUUCAUCGACGAGACCAGUAGCGAGGUCCUGGACGAGCUCUACCGGGUGUCUAAGGAGUACACGCACAGCCGGCCGCAGGCUCAGCGGGUCAUCAAGGACUUGAUCAAGGUAGCUGUCAAAGUGGCCGUGCUCCACCGCAACGACUGCUUUGCUCCCAGUGAGCUGGCCCUGGCUGAGCGCUUUCGCCAGAAGCUUCGGCAGGGUGCCAUGACGGCGCUUAGCUUUGGGGAGGUGGACUUCACCUUCGAGGCUGCGGUGCUGGCCGGCCUGCUCACCGAAUGCCGAGACGUGCUGCUGGAGCUGGUGGCGAACCACCUGACGGCCAAGUCCCACGGCCGCAUCCGCCACGUGUUCGAUCACUUCUCUGACCCGGGCCUGCUCACCGCCUUGUACGGGCCUGACUUCACCCAGCACCUGGGCAAGAUCUGCGAUGGGCUCCGGAAGCUGCUGGACGAGGGCAAGCUCUGAGCGCCGGCCCCAGCGCCGGACCUUGGCUAAAGGGCUGCGCUGGGAUGACCACAGGCCGCGGGCUUUCUGACCCUGCUCCGCCGGCCUAGCGCUUCUGGGUCCUCGGGCUUCACCCUCACCCCGCCCCCCCCGGGCUGCUGGGGCAGGAGCCACGCCGAGCGGGGUCAGGCUUCUCCUCCAGCCCCAGCACAGGAAAUGGAGCUGCCUGAAAAAGGCGAAGUGAAACUUGGAUCUCUCUCCGUCUCCCAGGAAGGAUGCCUAAAACAGGAAAUCUGUGUCCUUACAGCCCGAGAAAACAGGGGAUAGCCCAUAGAGCCCUGUGGGGGUACUGAAGACUGAAGGGGGGUGCUGGUGGCCCUUCGAGACAAGGUAGACUUCUAGUUCUAGGCAGAGUUUGGAUAGCUACUGCAGGCUCUGUUUCAGAAUGAAGGGAGAAGAGGCCAGGCAAGAGAGAUUCUCACCAGGGAAAUAAAGCUACUAAAACAUG